GCCUUUACCUCGGACGGCCAGCAUCUCGGCGACAUCUGGGUUUACUGUGGUUCUCUUCUCUUCGUAUAAGUUUCGCGAUUGAGACGGUACGGUAAACACUGAUUUUGGCUCGAAGAAGACUCACACGACGAGGUCAGAGGAGCCAGUUCGACUAAGUGCAUUCGAGGUGGCGGGGCAUUCAUUGACAAGGACGCUCAUCCGUGUCAGCUACUUUGCUGUGUAAUGAUCGUAUUGACCUUGAAGUCCUUCUUGGAAACGGGUGUUCUGUUCACUUCAAGAUUAUGUCUCUUCCUAGCAUGUCGCAAAUACCUGCUGCGUCAUUUGUAUCAUGACCUUCAGGAUCUAUCCGCCCAACGAACGACUGAUCCUGGAACGCCGCCAGUAGCAGAAGCAGACAACAUCGAAUUGGAGACUCUGCCUGAACCGUCGACUGCCACAGUCAAGCGAGCGUCAUCUCUCGUCGGACAGCGGCCGUUCCAUUCCGUCCUUGCUAGGAGCUUGUUUGCUCUGUGCUUCUCGGAGAGUUGUACUCUGUUCUUGUUGCUCAUGUGUCAGGCUUUCGACGUAUUGGACCCUCGAGCCCGUCUACUCAACUGGAAUAUCUCAUUAUCACUUCUACUCGCGGCAAUUCUUGUCCUCAUCCCGCUCUCUUAUAGCCUCGUCGUGAGCGACUCAGUCACGGGUGCAGGGCUCCGUUCGAGACAGCGGCCGUCUGUGUUCCGAAUCCUACUGAAUUUCAUACCCGUCGGCCUGUUCCUGUUCCUGUUGGCUAUGAUCCCGCUACCCUCCGCAUUGCCCACGUCUGGUAUCAUCGUCACGACUCUGUCCCAGUUGACCGUGUUGGGCACCAUCAUUCUUGGAUUGCUCUCUGGGUUUGGUGCGAUCAACACGGCAUGGAUCUAUUUCCCUCGGAUUUACGGCAAACAGAGCUCUCAUCCGUCUGACGAGGAUAUUCGCAUGGCAGAGCAAGGUCUGCAGCGAGUACAGAGCGAUCUCGCCCUGCGCCGACAGGAUGUGCAGAAGCUGCAGGCAGCGCAGCAGCAGGCAAGCCCCGACACGGGCUGGUUCUCCCGUAUGGCCACGAAUUUCCGGGGCGAUAGUCAGCUUUCAUCUACGUUACAAGAGUUGAGCGGACUGGAAUCACUCGAGUACGAGAUGUCGCGGAAUUUGGAGACACUCAAGGAGAGGCAGGCCGACGCCAAGUUCUCGCGUACCAUCGGCGGAAUGAUAUUCAACUGGGGUGGUAGGCUCUUCGCCGUCUAUUGUAUCUUCCGGAUACUCAACUCGCUGGUGAACCUAGUUAUCCCCGCACCCCAAGCAACGAGUCCCGCGCAGUCUUCGCGGAGUGUGGACAUGCUCAGUAUUGGGCUUGCGAAGUUGCUUUCCUUGUUGCCUUCGGUGCAUAUUGAGGAAGAUGGGGUGGCCGACAUCUCACGGCAGAUCAGCCUCGGGCUAGUUGGAGUAAUCAUUCUCAGUAGCAUCCGGCUGGUACUCAGGGGUGUCGCAAGAGCACUUCGCGUCACGAGUCGGAACCUGGGUGCAUCCCUCAUGCUGCUCAUCCUGGCACAACUCAUGGGUAUCUACCUCCUCUCGACCCUGGUGCAAUUGCGUACUUCCUUCCCUCCCCCUCCAUUGCGGCCGGACGUCACUCCCGACGUCGGGCUCGUCAACCUCUUCUCGACACUCCCUGAGUACCAGCUCUUUGGGUCUCUCUUCGAUGGAUCGUUUCUGGUUGCUGCUGCGGGAGGCGCGGUGGUACGGUGGUUCGGCGACAGAAUUCGUAAUGCGGAUAUGGACUAGGUCGGGAUAUCCUGCUGCGUUGUUUCUUGAUGUGCUAUUUAUCCGAGUCAAUCCUGACUUUGCUUGCUGAGAUGUUCCACGGCAGUACCGAUUCAGUGAGUCGCAGUUGGAACUCUCCAGUACGAUGAACGGCGAUUCCUUUGGGGGAUUGUACGAGGUUGAAGUAAUCAGUGUGUAGUCUGCAGGGCUGUAUCACACGUAGUUGACGUACCUCGAUUCUUCGUGCAUCUGCUUCUCCGGUCGAUGCUUCUCGAGGAACAGAUUACGCAAGGCGUCUACCUCUGACUGGC